CUACAAUCCACUUUCCUAAACAGACAGCAAGACGCUUCAGGGUGAUGAAUCAUGUUGUCCCGUCGUGCCGAACCUUCAUUCUGGACAGGGGAACUGCAACUCAAACCGUCGGUGCCGUCCACUCAUGUCUCUAAAACUCUGCCACGAUAUCCUUUUUGAAAUAGCUAGUCAUCUCGAUCCUCUGGACUGUGUCCGAGACCAUGAUAUAUUGAAUCCUUCCGAAGCUCUGCGAGAACGACAGGAAACGAUCUUGAGCCUGUGCCUCGCGUCCAGCUCCUUUUUCGACGUCUUUGGUCCUCUUCUACGACGCGUGGUCGUUGACAAUGGAUCUAGUAUAAGGCGAUCAAAACUCAUCCUUCAUUACCUGGAGAAUCCUGGUGAAGCUGCACAAGUUCGAGGCCUCUGUGUGUGCCCAUCUACACUAGUCUCGGGUAACAUAGAGCCGGAGCUCUUCGCACAACCUGUCUUUGAGCAAUAUGUCAGCGAGCACGACCUUUCAUUCCCUAUUAGAGCUCUAGGUAUUUUGUUGAGUCUACUACCAAACCUCGAGGCUCUUAAGCUAUCUGUACAGGUUCACCUCAAUGUAGACCAUCAGGAUCUGCUCAACUUGUUUUCAAAAGCAGUCACGAGUCGAUCAUUGCUCCCGAAGCUCAAAUCGGUUUCCUUGUACUACGCAAACAAAAGCCAACAUGGCUUUGAUCCUCGUGGCAUUGAGCGCAUGCUCUGCUUGCCUAACAUCGACGAGAUCAGCGCCCGUGGGUUUUACACGGAUAAAACUAAUCUACUACGAGCUGGCCAGUGGGCAUAUCUUCCGGGCUUGCGAACUUCCAACGUCACGGUCAUCCGCUUGCUCUCCUGCGACGUAGAUACGGUGUUUUUGGACCGCAUUGUACGGGCUGCAAAAAGCUUAAAAGAAUUUACUUAUCAAUGGCCAAGCGAAUGCUUUGCAGAAGCAACAUUCAACAUCCUGCAAUUCGUAUCUAGUCUUUCGGAACAUCGCAGAACUUUGAAAAAAAUUACCUUCGAUGCGAGCUUAACCCGCUGUUUUGACGGUUCUGGUCAGACGAUUAUGCCAAUCGGAUCGUUUUCAUCUUUCGAGAGGCUUGAGCAUUUGGAAAUGCCCGCCAUACUCUUGACAGGCAAAAGACAGACCCUGACAGACUUCAGGUUGACGGCUGACAAUCCGCGUCAAGAUGAAUACGGAAUGCAACUGAGAGAAAGGACGACUGAGGAAUUCAAAACUGCAGAAACUCGGCGACAUGCUGAUUCGGCGUGGCAAGAAAUAGAUUGGGAUGCUUUAGUUGGCCUUCUACCUGAUUCAACUACAACACUGGUCGUUCAAUGUCCAAACCUGACAAGUGACUUGGUUGGGCCGGCUAAGUGGCUGCAACAUUUCGCAUUGACCAGGCUGCCUCAUCUGGCUAAUCUUCACAAAGUUGAUCUCUCCAGCUGGAGUCCUCAGCAUCUUCAGGUUUUGUUUGAAGUCUGCGGUUUCCACAACGUCCAGCAUCUGUUCGCCACACACUCCUGCACGUUGAAACUACCGGAUGAUUACAUUUUUCUGCGAGACUGAAAAACAUUUCAGUGGGUGAUAAGGAGGGCAAGACCAGCUCGUAGUCCCAUUUAAUAAUGUUAAAUCCACAGC